AUGCAGAGACGUGUUUCGACCUGGCUGGAUGCUGGCAAAGAUCAGGUCAGGUCAGGUCAGGUCAGGGGUUUGCCGUCGAGAUUCAACGCGUGGCUGGUGCCCAGGAACGAUGUAGAGUUCGCUGCUUCUGCUGCUGCUGCUACUGGACUGGCACUGGAACGAAGUGAGCUAGGCAGGCUAGGCGGUGGAUGCCCCGCGAUCGGCUGUCUUGCACAACGCUUACAUAACCCGCCCCCGCAUUCAUUAUCGCUGUUCACUAUCAUCAUCACUCCCAACUCAACGGCCGCAACAGCCUGGCACCUGGCGGCAGAGGAGGCUCUCUUGCGUGACGUCGGAGCUUACCGAGCUGCCGAGCCUUUCAGGGGCCCGCGCCUUGCCCAGAACUUUUGUCUUUCGCCAUCCACCUUCAUCCACCAUCAGCUCGAGAUGCAUCCCCAUCUCCAUCCUGACUGCACGUACCCUGGGCACUGGCACAGCAUCGGCACAUGCUCGGCCUCCGUGAACUAUUUCAGGAGUCUGAACCUGGGCGUGUGGCCCAGGGCCCUGGACUGGGACUGGGACUUGGACAUGUUCCCCCCCGAGCCGAGGGAAAUAUCGAAAAAGUACCGGUACAAAAGAUGCGCCCCGCUGAAAGCACGCACCAACGCACUCCUGUCCUGA